UUUCUUGGAUCAUCCAUUGUGAUUCAUGCCUUUUGUCGUUUGACAAGCUAAGAAGAUGGAGAUAAUGAAUGGACGAUUGAACAACGGUGGUAAUCUGAAUCUGGUUUUUGAUAUAUAUCCUCUCAGUAAUUAUUACUUCAGCUCAAAACCUGGUGUUUCAUCGAAGGAGGAAACCUUGGGGGAUCGUGCACGACGUUUGAAAUCCAAUUAUGAUGUUCAUGGAAUGAGGACUUAUGUGGAGGCCGUGAUUUUGGUUGAGCUUUUCAAGCAUCCUCAUUUGUUAUUGCUUCAAGCUAAAAACUGCAUAUAUAAGCUUCCUGGUGGCCGCUUAAGACCAGGUGAAUCGGAUGUUGAUGGCUUAAAACGUAAGCUCUCCACUAAGCUAUCUGCUGAUGAAACCCAAUGCCAAUGGGAGGUGGUUGGUGAAUGCAUUGGAACAUGGUGGAAAUCGGACUUCGAGACACUACCUUUCCCAUAUUUGCCUUCAAGUGGCAACAACCCCAAGGAGUGCACUAAGCUCUACCUUGUGAAGUUGCCAUCAAGCCGGGACUUUGUUGUGCCGAAAAAUCUCAAGUUACUAGCUGUUCCAAUGUGCCAGCUUCACGAAAGUCGCAAGACCUAUGGACCGAUAAUAUCAGGGAUUCCGCAGCUGCUUUCAAGGUUCGCCAUAAACAUGGUAGGUUCUUAGAAUGGCACAUCACGAGAUCAAAAUCACUUACAAAAGCCGCACAACUUGCACUUCUUGAUCAUGUGAAAGUUUCUUGUUUUGUCUCGAUCGAUAUACAUAAAUAUAGCAUUCUAUAUAUCUUUUGCACAUAACAUGGUCCAAAUAAGAGAUGUUAUAAAUGGAACAAUUGGAGAUUUGACGAGUUCGAUUUAGGAAAACUAGUUGAAGUAGUACGCAAUUUGUAAUUACUUUUGAGUUUGCUUCGUGUCGGUAUGGACCUUCGUCUUGGUUUGGGUAUGGUUGUGGCAUUUAUAUAAAAAACAUGUGUAUGCGAGCU